AUGUCAGACACAGCAGUAGACGCCACUGUGGAGAAGACAACCAAGGACUUAAAAGUAAAAGACAAGGAAGUUGUAGAAGAAACAAAAAACGGGAAGGACAAACCAGCCAAUGGGAAAGCAGAGACUGAAGAGAAUGGAGAAGAUGGGGGAGACAAUGAGGGAGAAGAAGAGGAAGAAGUAGAUGAGGAAGAUGAGGAGGAUGAAGGAGAAGGAGAUGACGAUGAUGAUGAUGAUGACGCAGUUGGACCCACUGGGAAAAGAGCAGCAGAAGAGGACGAUGAGGAUGAUGAUGUUGAUACAAAGAAGCAGAAAACAGAUGAUGACGACUAGAGGGGGGGAUAUUCCCUGUCUCAAAAUAAAUUCUAUAUAUAAUACUUCUCCACCGCCUCCCCACCCUCUUCACGCUCAGAACAUGGUCACUUAAAGUGAUGCAUCCGUCCCACCCUUCAUGCAGGUUCCCAUGGCCCCCUACUCCGUCCACACAAGUGGCUACGCCUGUGAGGCUGGUCACUGUGUUCCCAUGGUGCAUUCUUUUUCGAGCAGCCCCCAGGUCCUUUCAAGUCGAGAGGGCCAACCCUUCACUGCCAGUGUGGGCUGCAGUCGCUUGCUGGCCUCUCCGGUCCUAAGAAGAAAAAAAGUGGGGGUUGAGGUUAACAGCAAGAAAAAAAAUUUGUUUUUCCUUUAUAAAAUUCUAAAAUGAGGAAACAAAAAUUGCCCUUGGAUUGGGGUCCUAUGUUUGUAUUUUUUAUUUACAUUUUAUAUUUUUGUACAUAUUGGUAUACAGCUGUCCUUUUUCUGUACCGGGGAUCCGGCUGACAGGGUGUGGGGCUUUUAAAUUGCACAUGUAAUUUUAUUUUAUUUUCGGUAAUUCUCCUGUAGAUUUCUGCCAAUGAAAUCCUGAUGUAUUUUGUUCUCUGGACGGGGUGGUGGGUGGGGUGGAGUAAGACUGGGCUGUUUCUUCUCCAAGGGGAACAAAUGGAGAAAUCUUUACAAAAAAAAGUUAAAAAGUUGUUACAAAAAAACCUAAAUAAAUAAGACAAAAUUCCCAUAUAAGAAAAAUAUUCUGAUCAUUCCAGUAACUUUUUACAUUUUAUUUUUUUUGUUUGUUUUUGAGCAUAUUUUUAGCUGUUCUUUAGAUGGGUUUGGAUGCGUAAUAUGGCCAAAGAUUUAAUUUUUUUUUUGUUCUGUCUGAAGUUGCUGUUUACUUUGUCAUUUCUUGGCCUGGCUGGAUGUGUGCGGCAGUAUUGUCAAUAAAACUGCAAUUUUAAUUUGCAGGC